GGAGAGGACUCGCGGCCGGGUGACAGACCACCGCCAACUUCCGCUGCCGCCACCGGCACCGGCACCGGCACCGGCGACGCCAGCGCCCCCUCCCUUCUCGGAAGACGCGGAGACGCCCUCCUCCUACCUCCGCUCCGGCGACCGCUGAAGACGUGCGCCUCCCCCUCGCCCGCUGCUCCUCCGCCCUCCCGCCCGCGUCCCCAUACCUCCUCAUCGGUGUUCAGGAUGUCAGGGACGCAGGAGGAGUGCUCCUGCCUCAAUAACCACUGCCUCGGAGGCAAUUGCUUGUGUUUCAAGGCGAAACAGUUUUGCUCUCUGGGCUGCACGUGCAUUGGUUGCCAGAACACCGAGGAAAACAAGGCUUUGGUCGAUUCACAAUACGAGGUGUACUUGAAGCGGAAGGCUCCCGUCGUUGAUGAGAACCUGAGCGUGCCGCCGGGCGGGUUUCCGGCACCUGAGGGUUUCGUUGGGUGCAGAUGCAAGAAGACCAAAUGCAUGCGCCAAUGUGGUUGCCUUAGGCGCUUUGCCAAGUGCACCUCCAAGUGCUCGUGCCAAGGUUGUGCUAACCGCGCGAGCGACAAAAAAACUGAGCGAGAGCAGGUUGAUGGUAACAGCAGCAUAGCUGAGGAACCGGCGCAGAUGCAAGAACAACCCACACAGUCUGGGGACAACAGCGGCUCCGGCCAGAACAAACGACCACGAACAGGUGAUUAAUGAUGACGGCCUUCAGUUCAGUUCAGUUCAGCCACCUUUUGUGCAAUGAUGAUCAUAGUCUUCAGUUCAGAGCAUGUCACCUUUUGUGCAGUGAGGAUGAUGACAGUUUUUAGUUCAGAGUAUGCCGCCUUACCACACCCUCAACAUGACACCCAUUCUCCGUUCAAAUACGCCACUUCAUGUCUGUAGAAUAUGCAAUUGUAACCGCAAAUGGGUUCAGGACUCCUUGUAAUGAUACUUUGGACCUCCACGCACCUCAGUGGUCCUAGAUGUUUGAUCAAACUGGUGUAGUUUCAGUAGACAUUGCUCUCGAUCAAACUGAUAUGGGAGUCCAGAACGUACAAGCUUAAGAAUAGCUGACAGCAUCGGUUAUAUAGUCUUGCAAAGGCUUUCUUGUAACGUUUCAGGAGGAUUCUGAUCAUUUUUCAAA